UCAACUCGACCGAGGCUGCAAACAACAACAAGAAAUGUGUUAACGAUCUCAACAAUGCUAUUUUGCGUGUUAGAAAAUAUAACGCUCCAGUUGUUGGCUGUCCCAGCUUUUGUAACUGUAGGUUGAAGACGGGUUUGAAUGAGUAAGCCUCCUUUGAGCUCGGUCGAUAGUAAACUUUUGCUAGGCUGCUAGUUUACGUAGCUAAAGAUUGAGUUGUGUCGGCUCAUUCCUCCCAAGUCUUCUGUACAUUUAACUUAAUUUGACAGCAGUUUGUUUUAUUUGUCAAGAGACUUGAUGUUGAACAGCACACAGACAGUACAAACACGUAAAUAGCAUCAUAGUCAUCGUUAUGGGAGACAAGGAGCUGAGUCUUAUCGACAAGAAUAUAACAAGUUUGCUGGAUGUUCCCUUGACUCCCACUGUAACAUCACUCAGUCUGCACUGCAAUCACAUCCCAAGGAUCGAGGGUCUGACCUCAGCUUGGCACCUGCGGCACUUAGACCUUUCUUCCAAUUGUAUUUCUAAGAUUGAAGGUCUAAGUUCCCUUACUUCCCUGAGAACAUUAAAUUUAUCCUGUAACUUAAUCACCAAGGUUGAAGGACUGAAUGGCCUUGUGAACUUAACACGAUUAAACUUGUCCUACAAUCAGAUAAAUAACCUCACUGGGUUGUUGUAUCUUCAUGGCACAGAGUACAAGCUGAAGCACCUCAGUCUCCAUAGCAACCACCUGGACCGCAUCGAUCAACUGCUUCAGUGCCUGCUGGGAUUGCAAAGUGUAAGAGAGGUGACUUUAAGCCAGGAUGGCAGAGACAACCCUGUGUGUAGGUCACCAGAUUACAGGGAGAUCGUUAUGCAGUCGUUGCCACAGAUCUCCGUCCUGGAUGGCCUUGACCGGCUGGGAAAUCCAUCACAUCCAGGUCUAGGCAGUCCCUGUGAUAUCCCUGGUCUGGAGGACUAUGUGGACCUCCUGCUCUCCUCAGAUACAAGUCACAAUGAAGCUCUAAGAGGGGACGGCCCUCUCACCACACCCCGCAUUGACGAGGUGCUGACCCAGUUUCGGCAGCGGAUUGCCUCUGAAGCAAUUACAGAUGCAGCCACACAACCAGAUCGCCAGUGCUUCCAGCCAGUUCAUUCCGCUGUGGCUCCAGCAGACCCCGUUAAUGAACAACGCAUCAGGAAACUGGAGCACCAGGUGUCGCAGCUCAUCCAGAAGGCCCCUGCAGGUGACAAAACCAGUGGUUCUACUCAUUCCGUGGUGACGUUACGAAAAGCCAAGAGGGACACAGACCGCACGUCAGAGAGUGAGUGUGACAGCGGGAAGGAGAACAGGAGGCGCACCAGGAUCCCCAAAUAUCGUAAGAACAUAACAAUGAGGACGACCAGCAUGGAGAUCAAAGGCAGGAGAUCAGACAGCGAUCAGGAGAAUCAUAAACAGAGGAGUUCAAAGUCUGCUGUGGCGCCCAGGAGGAAGCCUGGUGGUGCAGGAGUUGUCGACGCAGUUGGACCAACAAGGAGUGGAUCUCUGAGAGCUGCUAAGGCCUCAGGCGAUAUGAAAAGGAAGUCCACCGAGGAGGAGGAAACCUACAGGACAAUUGUGGAGGAGCGUGACCAGGAAAGGGAGAGGCGUUGGAAGGCGGAGCAGGCUGUGAGGAAGCUAACAGAGGAGCUAAAGUGCCUGCAGACAAGGGUCAGUGAGGAAAAAGACCUUCAGAGCAUGGCCCUGCACACCACAGACCGACUGAAAGAAUUGUUGCUAAAGGAGCGAUCGGGGCACUCUGAACUACAGACUCAUGUGGAGGAGCUGGAGGGGAGGUGUGAGUCCCUAACCCAGCAGCUGGAGCAGGCCCGCAGCAGUGAAGAACAACGCAAGACUGCACUGCACAGACUGGAGGAAAGCAUCUCCCAUGGAGAGGCACUCAGGACUCGCCAGCAGGCUGAAGAGAUGAAGCGGCACCAGGAGCUGGAGAACAAAGCAGCAGCUCUGAAGAGGGAGUUGGACAUCCAGAGAGCCUCAGUGCGCCAGCACAAAGACAAACUGCAGCAGCUGCAUGAACUGCUCGCAUCCAGGGAACAAGAGCACAGAAAACAGCUGGAGUUGCGUUUGCAGCCUAGCGGGACGGAUUUCCGUGAUGCUGUGGCGCAAGAAGUUGCAUCAGUGGAACAGAGACAAGCUCACAGGGAGGCAGAGCUGCGGGAGAAACUGGCAGACGGCAGGAAGCAGUACGCUGCUCUGGAGGACGAGUUCCGCAUGGCACUAACCAUCGAGGCUGCUCGCUUCUCUGAGGUGAAAGAGGCUUGUGAUCAGAUGACUGCAGAGCUGAUGGAGCUCAAGGCGACCGUCGCCCAGUCCCAGCAGAGGGAGAAAAAAUCAAGCUGUCUGGUGCAGGAGCUCACAGCCAUGGUCAAAGAACAGAAGAACCGCAUCACUGAGCUCAUCAAAGCCAAAAGAGACGCUGUAACUGAUCUAAAGAGCCGCCUGCAUUCCUUGGAAGCAGAGGUGGAGCGGGACCGGCGUCACAGCCUGCAGCUCGAGUUGCUCAAGAAAGACAAGGCGCGACUGUUGUCUCAGCUCACAGCUCAGGAGUCAGUGAUAGAUGGCCUCAGGGCAGAAAGGAGGAUUUGGGGCCAGGAGCUCGCUCAGCAAGGAGCAUCUUUAGCUCAGGACCGUGGGCGCCUGGAGGCCAGGAUAGAGGUGCUGAGCACUGAGCUGGAGACACAGAAGAAACAGAAUGAGAGGGACAAUGAUGCCCUCAAAAUCAAAGUCAAAAUCAUUGAUGACCAGACAGAGACCAUCCGCAAACUCAAACAGGUCUUGCAGGAGCGUGACGAUCAGAUCCGUAGGCUGCGUGAGGAGGCAGUCCAGGCCCAGAAGAGUUUUCAGCAGCAGCAGGAGGAGGAAACAGCACGGCAGGCUGAGCUGAGAGAGCGGCUAGAACAUGUCAGCCUGCGCAAGGAGGAGCUGAAACAGCAGCUGGAGGACAGAGAGGCAGAGCUGGAGGAGGUCAAAAGAAUUCACAGUGAUUCCAGUAAGAAGUGGCAGGAGAAAGCAGACCUGCUCACUCGGUUGGAGAGCCAGGUGAAGCGUAUGAAAGACAACUUUGAUUCCAAGGAAUGCUUGCUGCUGGAAGAAAGAGAUAAAGCAACAGAAGCCCACAAGGCUGCAGUAGAGAAGUUGCACUGUGUGGAUGAUGCUUUCCGUCGACAACUUGAGUCUAUCCAGGCUUCCCAUCAAGCUGAGCUGCUGCGAAUGGCUAAUGAAAAGCAGAAACAGAUAGAGCAAGCCAAUCAAAAGGUGUUUGACGUGGAGGAGGAGAUGCGUCAGCUCCUGGAGGAGACAGAAACUAACAAGCGAAUCAUGGAAGAGAAAAUGAAACGUCUCACAAGUGUACUUAAAGACUUCUAACCCAUAAAAUACGUCUUGUUUUGCUGCUACAGAAAUGUAUGAAUUAAAACACUGGUGGAUAGUUGUAUUUAUUCUUUAUGACAAUUACAUUUACUACUUUUUAUUUAUUUUUUAUGUUAAGUUAUUGUAUUUCGAUAAAUCAUGAUUUAUCUAAUUUUUUUUCUUGAGCAAAUUUUUAUUUUCUUUUUUAGAACACGUAACAGAAUUGGGUUUAUGCAAAGGGAAAAUGAGAACAUCAGGUUCUGUGUUAAAUAAUUGUUAAUCUUAUGAUCAAUUAAUAUAAGUUUUGAAUUUAUUAUUAAUAUUACUACAAUUUUUUGGUAUGUGAGCAUUUUGCUUUGUGAAUAUGCUUUCCUUGAC